AAGUACACGCGCUCCGGCUCGUUGCGGGAUAAACAGAGGAGGACGGCGGUAAAACCACAAACUCUCCAUCACGCUUUUAGUCUCAAUUCAUCACCGUUCGCCCCGGCACCAGGAGAUUUGUAGCUGCCGCAGUGUCUUCAUCCAACGGCGGGCAUUUGCUGCUUUCCACCCGGACGCGUCCGCAGUGCUGGAUUUUGCCUCUGAACUGAACCAGAUCACACUCUCUUAAAAUUAAACCGUGGGAGACUGGCGACUGGCUUGUCAUUUUUGGAAGGUUCAACAAAAGGACUUCUGAUUGGACACUUGAGAACCCAGGAGGACCAAUCAGAACGCCGCAGGCACAAAGGAAGCAAUAUGAAAAUCUGGUCAUGAGCUGGUAUCUGAUGAGAAAUGCAGUAUUUGGAAGACACAAUCGCAUUUUGCCCUGUGGGAGACUAUGUGUGGGACUACUCAAAUACGCAAUCUGAAAAGUUAUUGCUUACAACCAAGACUCUAGUCAUAACUGAAGCUCACUUUCCAGUGUGAUAAAACACCAAGGAUACACCGAAGAGAGGAGAACACAAUAAGCAAGCUGACAGUUUACCAAACCUAAACAAUUAUCCAUGGAAUUAUAAUUCCGGCUUGUCCCAUUUCCUGUGGAAUACAGAUACAGAUUAUCACCUGUGUAAACACCAUGACUGAAGCACCGAUGAAGUCCAUUAUGUCUGGAUCCAGUGGACAUAGAAGUGGUAUGGUGACCAGUGCCUUAUUUUGCAGGGCGAUGGCCCUUGUGUUUUUCUCACUGACAAGUGUGCCUGUUGUUCAGGGUGAUUGCUGGCUGAUCGAGGGGGAAAAGGGAUUUGUAUGGUUAGCAAUCUGCAGCCAGAACCAACCACCAUUCGAAAAUAUUCCUUUGCAGAUUAACAGCACAAUCGUUGACUUGCGACUUAACGAGAACAAGAUUCGAAGCAUCCACUUUUCUUCCCUUAGUCGCUUUGGCAAUCUCACUUACCUAAAUCUGACGAAGAACGACAUCUCUUACAUAGAAGAUGGGGCGUUCUCUGCCCAGUUCAAUCUGCAAGUUUUACAGAUUGGUUUCAACAAACUAAGGAACUUAACUGAGGGAAUGCUUAGGGGCCUGGGGCGCUUACAGUACCUCUAUCUACAAGCUAACCUGAUAGAGACUGUAACGGCCAAUGCUUUUUGGGAGUGUCCUGCUAUCGAAAACAUAGACCUCUCUAUGAACAGGAUUCAGCAACUUGAUGGUGCUACAUUUCGUGGGCUGUCAAAGUUGACGACAUGUGAGCUCUAUGCAAACCCAUUCUGCUGCUCAUGCGAACUGCUUGGAUUUCUGCGCUGGCUUGCAGCAUUUCCAAACCGGACGAGCGAGCGGAUGGUAUGCGACACGCCGGCUGGAUUUUCAGGCUACAAUCUUUUAAGCCAAAACCCCAGAAUGCCAAGAUUUCGGAAUGCUUUCCAUGCACUCUCCUCUGUGUGCACAGAUAUCAAUGUGACUCCUUAUCUUCAUGGAUCUUUUGACAGGGGCACUCCCACGAUGUUGCCCGAUUCGAGUCCUUGUGGACUGGACGACUGCUCCUCUGGGACAUUUCCGGAGGAAACUAUAAGCAUCAGCCCCACAUUUUUAGAUCCAGACGCACGUCCUAUGAUGAAACUAAAGGAAGUGACUCACACAAGCGCAAUCAUCACAGUCCAGAUUCCCAAUCCUUUUCGCAAAAUGUACAUCCUUGUCCUUUACAACAACAGCUUCUUCACAGACAUCCAAAACCUAAAGAGCCAGAGAGAAGAAAUUGAGUUGCCAAACCUUAAAUCUCACACAAACUACACAUAUUGCGUGGCAUCCAUACGUAACUCCUUGAGAUUCAAUCAUACCUGUCUGACCAUCUCCACAGGUCCGAGGACUUUGCAAGAACGUGUGACAAACGAAUCAACCGCUACUCACUACAUUAUGACCAUACUUGGUUGUCUCUUUGGAAUGCUUAUAGUUUUGGGCAUGGCGUUUCAUUGCGCGAGAAAGCGCAAACAUCAGGAUGAACCGAAAAGCAAAAAGCUCGAAAAGAUGAAAAGAAAUUUGAUUGAGAUGAAAUAUGGGACUGAGCUGGAACAAGGAACUAUAUCACAGCUGUCACAAAAGCAAAUGCUGUCCACUGGCGAAACAGUACAAAGGAUACCAUACUUGCCAACUGCCAGUGACACAGAUCAAUACAAGUUGCAAGAGAUCUCCAGCACGCCAAAAACAACAAAGGGGAAUUACAUGGAAGUGAGAUCUGAGCAACCAGACCGCAUGGUUCGGGAAUGCAGCGUUGCUCCUUCGGAAGCCAGCCAAGGAUCUGUUGCUGAGAUAUCCACCAUUGCAAAAGAAGUGGACAAAGUAAAUCAGAUCAUCAACAACUGCAUCGAUGCCCUCAAAUCAGAUUCAACAUCAUUCCAGGCUGCAAAAUCUGGUGCUGUGUCCACGGCAGAGCCACAGUUAGUCCUCAUAUCAGAACACCCACCUGGGAAGGCUGGCUUUCUUUCUCCAGUGUACAAAGGGGGGUACCAUCAUCCCUUACAGCGGCAUCACAGCAUGGAAGCUCCACAGAAGCGUGCAAGCACAUCCUCAAGUGGUUCGUUGCGAAGUCCCCGCUCUUUCCGUUCUGAAGGGGCAUACAGAGUCUCAGAGUCCAAGUAUAUUGAGAAGACUUCAUCUCCCCUAGACGAGUCAGGAAUCAUAACGGUCACUCCAGCGGCCGCAAUCCUUAGAGCGGAAGCAGAGCGAAUACGACAGUACAGCGAGCACAGGCACUCCUACCCCGGACCCCACCACAUGGACGAGUCGAUAGAGGAGUCGGGGAGCCGAAAGUCUUCUAUUCUGGAGCCCCUAACACGCUCAAGGCCUUGUGAGCUUUCCUACUCUCAGCUCUCACCACAGUACCACAACAUGAGCGGCUAUUCCAGCCCUGAGUACAGCUGCACACCAUCGCUUAGCCUGUGGGAACGUUUUAAACUCCACCGAAAGCGCCACAGGGAUGAGGAAGAGUAUAUUGCAGCUGGUCACGCAUUAAGGAGGAAGGUACAGUUUGCCAAAGAUGAGGACCUACACGACAUUCUGGACUACUGGAAGGGAGUGUCCGCUCAACAAAAAUCAUGACUGCUGUUUUUAUAGCUCAUCCAAUUAAAAUACAGUCCAAAUCUCUGGACCAAACCAGGCAGUACUGACGAUUAAGUCAGCACUCACUUUUAGUGAAAUAGCUUAGAAGUAUUGCUGAAUUCUUUAGCUUUUUUCAGUCAUUCUCUUUGAGAAUGAAAACAAAAAACAAGAUACAGUAGAUCUCGCAGUGAGUGUACGUGCCAAGUGGUAAGAAUAGAAAAUGUUUAACAGUAUUAACCUCAAGUCAACAUUUGAUUUUUAUAUAUUGGAAAUAACAAUAAACUACUAUUAUAUAAUCAUCCUCAUCUUCAUGGAUUAGUAGUAUUACCGUUAAGAUUGAUCGAUUCUUCUUAUUAUUACUACAAUUAAUCUUUGGUUAUCGCAUGGCCGUGUCCUGUGACAGUAUAUUGACUGUUGUGUAUUUGGGGAAAAGAACAAACAUUUCAAAACAUCUGCCGAACACUGUUCUCCACGACCUUAGAUUUUAUAAAGACUUUGGAGAUAUUCUUUAUUCCUUCAUAGGCGACGGUUUUAAAGAUCAACUCCUGAAUUUGCCACAGAAGCACACUCGACUGGAUUUUAAAACAUUUACUUUUGGAGGGGGCUUCUAUUAAUGCGUUCUUCACUCUUUUUUUGUAAAGUUUACAUUUUCAAACAUACAGUGAAUGUUUUAAGACUCAUACCUGCGAUUUUUGAGCCUCACAAACUUUUUUGAGCAGGUACUUUUUUGGCUAUUGAUUUGUUUCAUUAACAAUGUUGUACACAAGUCAUGCAUACUAGAGAAUGUAAUGUGUGUUAAAUCUAUUUUUCGCCAGCAUUUAGGCCUUAGAUCAGCUUAAACACAGUUCUGUUCAUGUUUGCCAGACUUAUUUCUAUGUCAGUCUAUGAAAGUUAUUGCUACUACAUGCCAAUUCUAAACCACUGUGAACCCCAGACCAAGCUAAAUCCUGCAGCUUGUUUUAUACUGAUGAAAACAGAUCUUCUUCAGCUAUUAAUAGCAUAAUCUUUUCACAUCGCCAUAAAUGCUGAUAGACAAUUGAUUUAAACAAAAGAACUGGCCUCUAAAUUUUGAGGAAACUGAAUCAUCUGAGACCAGUACUGUGAAACCAGUUAUUACACAACACAUCUGAAUCAAAGUGCUUGACUGGUAAUUGUGUCAGCCAAAUAUUAAAAGGAACAGUUCACCCAUAAUGAAAAUGCCUGUUCAUUUUCAUCACUUUUCAUCAUAAAGGUGUUCUUAAAAAUGUUUUGCAAAAUUUCGGUUUGAAUAUAGUGCACGGACCACUUUUUUAUACUUCUGUUGUGUUUUUGAAACAUUAAAGUCUCUAUUAAAGAGAGGCCAAAAAUGAAAAUUGCCACAUUAUUUACUCUCCCUGAAGCCAUUUGUGAUACAUAUGUCCAUCAUUUUUCAGACAAACACAUUUUC